CCCGGUGACGUCACGAUGUAAACAGCCACGCAGAGCAGGGCAGGAAGUUGGGCUGUGAGUCCCAUGAAAAUGAGUGGAGGCCUUGCGCCCAGUAAAAGUACGGUGUACGUUUCCAAUCUGCCUUUCUCUCUCACAAACAAUGAUCUGUACAGGAUCUUUUCUAAAUAUGGCAAAGUAGUGAAAGUCACAAUUGUGAAAGACAAAGAUUCUCGGAGAAGCAAAGGGGUUGCAUUUGUUUUAUUUUUAAAUAAGGAAUCUGCACAGCACUGUGUUCGAGCACUAAAUAACAAACAACUGUUUGGCAGAGUUAUAAAGGCCAGCAUAGCGAUCGACAAUGGCAGAGCAACAGAAUUCAUCCGGAGGCGUAAUUAUACUGACAAGUCAAGAUGUUAUGAAUGUGGUGACACAGGCCAUUUAAGUUAUGCUUGUCCCAAAAAUAUGCUUGGGGAACGUGAACCUCCCCAAAAAAAGGAGAAAAAGAAAAGAAGGAAAAUGGUUGAACAGGAGGAAUUUCCUGAAGAGGAAGAAAGUGAAGAUGAAGGAGAAGACCCAGCUCUUGAUAGCCUCAGCCAAGCAAUAGCUUUCCAGCAAGCAAGAAUGGAAGAAGAAAAGAUCAAAUUGAGAGCAGCUCAGAGUGAAGCUUCUACGUCAGAUGAUUCCAGGAGACCUAGAAUCAAAAAGAGUGCAUAUUUCAGCGAUGAAGAUGAACUUAGUGAUUGAGAUGCUAUGUUUUUAUUUUAUGUGUCAAGUGGGCUGAUUACAGAGUGCUACCCAGGUUUCUUUGAAGUUUACUGGUUUCCAUCCAAGAAACCAACUGAUAACUUUAAAGGGACAGUAUAGUCACCUGAACAACUACAGCUUAAUGUAGUUGUUCAGGUAUGAGCUAUAGCUCCCUGCAGG